UACAUGGAACCCACAUAACAAAAAAACCUCUGAAUCAUUCUCAAAGAGUACAUCCAUCACUAAAAUAAACAAGAACAAAUCUUCAGAAAGACGAGCCACCCACUAAGACUUGACCUCAAAACAUACAAGCACAGAAAUGAAAAACUUAAGUACAUCCCUAUAAAUACUUUCAUAUCUACUACGUCUAUUUACAGAUUCAUACUCUAAAAAUGGAUAAUAAAACAACUCAAAAGCAGAAAACAAAAGAGAAGAGCAAAGGUAACAAAAACAAGACCAAGUUCGUGGGAGUUAGGCAAAGGCCUUCAGGAAAAUGGGUGGCAGAGAUCAAAGACACGACACAAAAGAUACGAAUGUGGCUUGGAACCUUUGAAACCGCUGAAGAAGCUGCUCGAGCCUACGACGAAGCUGCCUGUCUCCUCCGUGGUUCCAACACGCGCACUAAUUUCGCAAACCAUUUCCCAAACAACUCACAGUUGUCUUUGAAAAUCAGAAACCUCCUUCACCAGAAGCAGACCAUGAAACAACAACAACAACAACCUAAACAAAACAAACCCGUCUCUUCCUUUGCAGAAUGCGGCAUCAAUUACACUUCCAAUGCUACUACUCUCACCUCCACCACCACAACUACCACAGUGUUGCCGCUUAAUAACGUGUACCGCCCUGAUUCAUCGGUCAUAUCACAUCCAGAAGCCGACAGUGUCCAGCUUCCUUACACUUGGCCCCUUGUCUCUGGAUUCAACCAUCAGGCUCCGUUGGCUCAAGGAGGGGAAGAAGCACAUGGGCAUCUCAACAAUCAAAACUCAACCGAUCAACAUUUGGGUCUAGCUGACAUCGAAAGACAGAUAUCUGCAUCACUAUAUGCAAUGAAUGGAGCUAACGGCUACUAUGACAACAUGAGUACAGAGUAUGCGAUUUUCGAUCCUACUGAUCCCAUUUGGGAUCUCCCUUCACUCUCUCAACUCUUCUGCCCUACUUGAUCUCAUUCUAAAUUUCCUUG